GAAUAUUAUAUGACAGAUAGACAAUACAAUUGUUUUGUGUAUUAUUAGGGCUAGCUUGACUUGUACACAGGCUCCUUUUUAUUGUAUAUGCAGUUACGGCAUUUCAGAUUUGGUUGUUCACGUGUGUGGUUUUCGAGAGUGGGAUCACUCAGCCAUGCUGUCUGACGCAGAUUAUGGUGGCAAUGCGUCCGGUGGUCGACAGCGAGGGAAAAAGCGAGGAGCCGCGGCAGAAACCACGUCAGGAGAAAGCCAACCCAUGCGUUCUACUGGUAGACAAACCAACGUCAGGGUGAAACGAUCCAACAACAAUAGCAACACUCCCACUGGACAGGUCAAGAGAAAAGCCACAGACACAGACGAAGAGGAUGAUCAGGCAGAGAAGAAGUACAGGAAAUGUGAGAAGGCAGGAUGCCCAGCUACUUAUCCAGUGUGCUUUGCCAGUGCCUCUGAAAGGUGCGCCAAAAAUGGCUACACAUCGAGAUGGUACCACCUCUCCUGUGGUGAACAUUUCUGCAAUGAGUGUUUUGACCACUACUACAGAAGUCACAAAGAUGGCUAUGAGAAGUAUGCAACCUGGAAGAGAGUGUGGACGGGGAAUGGGAAGACUGAGCCUAGUCUCAAGGCCUUCAUGGCCGACCAGCAACUUCCCUACUGGGUUCAGUGCACAAAAUCAGACUGUGGCAAGUGGAGGCAGCUCACUAAGGAAAUCCAGCUCACUUCAUCUCUCGUCUCCGCCUACCGCUGCGGACUGAAAGUCAACAAUGUCAAGACUGAAGGACCAGACCAGUGCUCGCUCCCAGAAGACAUGCGAGUGGCAGGAGUGAGUGACAGCUGGUGGAACUCCAUGUUAAUCGUGCCCCCGUUGCUGAAGGACAGUCCGGCCAACCCUUUCCUCACCACCUACUACCCUGACUGUGUGGGCAUGAGUCCCUCUGCGUCGCCUAGCAACUUUGCCCACGGUGACUCGAGGACAGAACACAGACGAGUCGUCCAGCCACAGAUUCCAGGACUGUGCCCAUACUUCCAGCCGUUCUACCAGCCUAAUGAAUGUGGCAAGGCUCUGUGUGUGCGGCCAGACAUGAUGGAGCUGGAUGAGCUCUAUGAGUUUCCAGAAUUUUCCCGUGACCCGACCAUGUACCUGGCCCUGCGAAACCUCAUCCUGGCUGCAUGGCAUCGAGAGUGCAAGGAGGUGCUCACGCCGCAGAGGUGCGUCCCCCAUGUGAUCGUGCGCGGACUGGUGCGGGUGCGCUGUGUCCAGGAGCUGGACCGAGUCCUGCACUUCAUGACCCGGAAGGGACUGAUCAACACCGGAGUCCUGCUGGUGAAGCAGCCCACUCUGCCAGAGCAGUACCAUCACAAGAAGAAAGUGCUGGUCAUUGGUGCUGGAGCAUCUGGAUUGGCAGCAGCUCGGCAACUCCAGAGCUUUGGCAUGCAGGUGGUGGUGCUGGAGGCUCGGGACAGGAUAGGAGGCCGCGUCUGGGAUGACAAGUCACUAGGUGUCACUGUAGGACGAGGAGCCCAGAUAGUCAACGGCUGUGUCAACAACCCUAUCGCCCUCAUGUGUGAGCAGCUGGGUAUUAAGAUGCACAAGCUUGGGGACCGGUGUGACCUGCUGCUGGAGGGAGGGGGCGCUACAGACCCAGCCAUAGACAAGCGCAUGGACUUCCACUUCAACGCCAUCCUGGACGUGGUGUCUGAUUGGAGGAAGGACAAAUCUCAGCAUCAGGAUGCUCCUCUGGGAGAGAAGAUCCAAGAGGUGUAUAAGACCUUCCUUCAGGAGUCUGGUAUCCACUUCAGUGAGCUGGAGGAGAAGGUGUUGCAGUUUCACUUAAGUAACCUGGAGUAUGCCUGUGGCAGCACGCUAGACCAGGUGUCAGCAAGGUCAUGGGACCAUAACGAGUUCUUUGCCCAGUUCUCUGGAGACCACACGCUGCUGACGGAGGGCUACUCCUCUGUGCUGCACAAGCUGGCCGAGGGCCUGGACAUUCACCUCAACUCACCGGUCCAGUCCAUUGACUACUCUGGAGACUUAGUUAAAGUCAUGACGACCAGUGGCUCCCAGUGGAGUGCACAGAAGGUGUUGGUGACCGUUCCACUGGCUCUCCUCCAGAAGGCCAUCAUCCAGUUCUGCCCGCCCCUGCCGGAGAGGAAGCUGAAGGCCAUUCACAGCCUCGGGGCUGGGGUUAUAGAGAAGAUUGCCCUGCAGUUUCCCUAUAGAUUCUGGGACCGUAAAGUCCAAGGAGCGGACUACUUUGGCCAUGUCCCACCAGGCCCAGAGAACAGGGGCUUGUUUAGCGUGUUUUACGACAUGGACCCAAAGGGUAAGCAGAGUGUGCUGAUGUCCGUCAUCACUGGAGAGGCACUGCCCACGGUCAGAGACCUGGAGGACAAAGAGGUGGCUGACAUGUGCCUGAGGGUCCUGAGAGAGCUGUUCCAGGAUCAGGAGGUUCCAGAUUACCAGAAGUUCUUUGUGACCCGCUGGAGUCGAGACGCCUGGGCACAGAUGUCCUACAGCUUUGUGAAGACAGGGGGCAGUGGUGAGGCCUACGACAUCAUUGCAGAGGACGUCCAGGGGAAAGUGUUCUUUGCUGGAGAGGCUACCAACAGGCACUUUCCCCAGACUGUGACUGGGGCCUAUCUCAGUGGGGUCCGAGAGGCCAGCAAGAUCACCGCUGUCUGAUAUCAGGAAUUACAGUAGUGAUGCCUCAACCUCUGUCUGACUUUUUAUACUGUACAUUCUGGUGCUUUCCGUGGAGAAUUCGAGAAGACUGACGGCUCUCGCCCACAGUGACCAUGUUGGCUGAGUAGCAAAAUGCUUGAGUAGUGACUAUUUCAGGUAGCCAUUCUUUUAUGUUCUCCUUUCGAUGAUGUCUGGUCACUCAGUUUAAAGGUCAUGCACGUUUAAAACAGCACUUAUUGUGUCCUAUUCAUUGCAAUUACUCAAAGAGAUUUCUACAAGAUUAAGUUGAUACAGUGGGACAUUUUUUUUUCAGUGAUGGACAGAACAUACUUUUGUUAGAUAAUGGAAGGCAAGGAAAUCCAAUUUAAGGGCUUGUCCAACUUUCUAAUUUAUCAUAUCAUGACUGAAGCAAGCUCUUGUACAUAUAAAGAUAUUAUGAGUUUGUACCUAUUUAUGAUUCUUUGUAAUACCCUGUAUAACAAGAAUAAUGCACAUGAUCAAAAUAUAUAAUUUCUUUGUU